UCAGCGGUAGUAAACAAGAUGGCAGCCACCAGUAAAAGUAAUGCUCCUCAGCUCUCCAAAUGGCAAUUAGCAGUAAUUUUAGGCAUUGGAACAACUGCUACUUUAGGACUUGCGUAUUUGUAUUACAGAAAAAAACAAACAAAAACAUCCGAUAAGAAGUGUGAAGAUGUUUAUGAAAAUUCCGAGACCAAACCCAAAAAGAGAGAACUUAUUAAUGAUGUUACCUAUACUAAAAAAGAGACUUCUGCUGCUCCAGAGACACCAUACUCAAAAGCAAAAGCUUUCAAAGACAAAGGUAACAAACUCUUUAAAGAGGGACAGUUUGAUAAGGCUAUUGAAUGUUACACAAGUGCCAUAGAAAUUUGUCCAAUAGACAGGGGUGAAGAUCUUGCCACCUUUUAUCAGAAUCGAGCUGCAGCAUAUGAAAAUUUAAAAAACUUUGAAGCUGUAAUAAAUGAUACUACAAAAGCUGUUGAAUAUAAUAAAUCUUACCUAAAAGCUUUAUACAGAAGAGCAAAAGCAUAUGAAGAAUUAGGAGAUUGGCAGAAAUGUUUAGAAGAUAUCACUGCUGUGUGUAUGUUUGAUGGAUUUAGAACUGAAGGUUAUUUAAAAAUGACAGAUAAAGUUAUGAAGGAACUUAGCAAAAAAGAAGCCAAAGAAACAUUUAGUCAAAGGGAGCCUAAACUUCCUUCCAAACACUUUGUCCGUCAUUACUUUAUCUCAUUUAGUGAAGAUCCAAUUAUGAAAUCUGUUGAUGAAUACAAAAAAGAUAUGAAAAGUCCUUCUGAGUUAAGUGGUUUUCGGUUAGUCAUUCAUCACCUUGCUGAAGAGAAUUUUGAUGAAAUCAUUCCUAAUUGCAAUGUAGAAAUCGAUCGUCGAGGACCAGAUUUGCCUGAAGCUUAUUUAGUCAGAGCUACUUUCAAACUAUUACAGGGCCAAAUUCAGGAUUCAUUAGCUGAUUUAACCACACUGUAUGCAUUAGAAAGUGUUGAUGUUAAGGUUCGAGUAAACUGUCUAAUUAAAAUUGGAACCUUAAAAGUUCAGCUAGAAAAAAUGGAUGAAGCUUUGCAGCAUUUCAAUAAAGCAAUAGAAUUGGAUUUAAAUAAUGCAGAUAUAUAUCUUCACAGAGGACAGGUGUAUCUUUUAAUGGAACGUUUCAAUGAUUGUCUUAAAGAUAUGGAAAAAAGUUGCUCACUAAAUCCUAAUUUUCCUUCUGCUUGUGCUCAAAAAUGCUAUGUUCAGUAUCGUUGUGGUAUCCAAUUUAACGAUGAAAAUCAAAAGUCUGCAGCAUUAAAAGGCUUUGAAGAAAUUGAAAAAAAUUUUCCUAAUUGUUCUGAGAGUUUAUUCUUAUAUGCUCAGGUGCUGUCUGAAUGUGGAGAAUAUCAAAAAGCUGAAACUUAUUUUAAGAGAGCUGGUGAAUUAGAUCCUAAAGACCCAAAUGUUUAUGUUCAUUUAGGUAUCCUUGCUCUUCAAUGGAAAGAAGAUGUCAACCAGACAAUUGAGUAUCUGAAUAAAGCAAUAUCAAUGGAUGAGAAAUGCCAAUUUGCUUAUGAAACUUUAGGUUCUAUAGAAAUUCAGAAAGGAAAUUUGCAAAGGGGGUUGGAAUUGUUUCAAAAGGCUAUUGAUACUGCACAUACAGAAACUGAAUUAGCACAUUUAUACUCUCUGCUACUUGCUGCUAAAGCUCAAGCAAAAGCAGCUGAGAGAUUUGGCCUUGACCUUGGAAAUUUGGUAUAAAGUUCUAGGUGUACAGAUGAAUAUUAGUUUAUUUUUGGAUCAAAUUUUGAUUUUUUCACUUUAAUGUGUUCCAGAAAGAUGGAAAUGUAGAAAUUAAUAAAAUAUAUAAACUGUGCAUAAUAGAAUUACCUCACGAAAUAAUUUUAAGAUGUGUUUAUUCAUAUUUUUUUAGUGGUGCUCAUUGUUUUGAAUGCUUUAAUUUUUUUAUGAAUUUUAAAACCUGUUGUGAGGAGGAUGGAGAACUUUGUUUUACAUACAAUACUAGAUGAAGCAAAGAAUAACUUUAAUUUGUAAACUUUUCUGUAGGUUUUAAUGACUUGGAAUAACAAACCUUUUACUCAAAUAUUCAUAAAUAAAACAUGAAAGAAAAACAUUGUAACAUUACCUUAGGUAACAUUUAUUAUUAUUUUUUUUUAAAUUUGUAAUUGUGAACUUAGCAUCUCUAUCUAAUUGCUUUUCAGAAGGUUUUAUAAUUUUAGAUCAUUCUGCAAGGUCCUUAAAAUAUUCUCAAACUUUGAAUAACUAUUAUAUGAAUAAUUAAUAAAAUAUAACAAAGUUUCAUACUUCAAAUGAAUUAUUACUAAUUGAGAAUUUUAUUAUUCAUAUGAGAAGGGUCAUUAUUGACAAGAUUCUGCUUAUACUGUUGAUCCACAGAAUUCCAGUAGUUCUAAAAUAUGAAUUGAUUUUGGAUCAUGUUCUUUUUUAGUAAUCACUUUCAACUAUUGAUCUUCAGUUAUAAAUAUUAGACUUCUGGUAUCUCCAUAAAAAGAAACCCCUAAAGAGGAAGAUCUGUUAGGGGAGGGGUGACUCAUUGUUCCUUCUUUAUUAUAAUUGCAUUACAUUUCGAUGGUAAUUAAUAUAUUAAGUUAUUUGAUUGAUGAAAUUUCAAUGUAUUUUAUUAAUUUUUUAUGUGAUAAUAUUUUUAAAGUGUAUAUAUACUUUUUUUUUUUGUAAACCUUAUAAGUUUGCCAGUAAUAGUAUAUCUCAUACUUUAAACUGUUUUAUGGUUGUGUUUUUCACCCUUUUUCUGUUAAUUCUUUUGAAGUUAUGGAAGCAUUAAUUUAAGAGAUAUAACAAAAGAAAUAUUUAAUUUUGGUUAUUUACCAGUUAGAACUCUAAAAAUCCUGUGAAAUUGUAUAUGAAAAACUUAUAAAAUAUUCUAUUCACAUGGAUUUCUUAUUAUUUCCCCUUAAAUGUUAAGCAUUCUUUAAGCCCAGAAGUUUUUCAACAACUCAAAUUUUGAUGGUGAUGCAUAUACUUUGAUCUCAGAUGUUUGUAAGAUGUUCUUCAUUGUAAGCUUAAUAUAAUAUGAUGUGAUUUUACACAUAAUUUAAUAUGUUGCUUCUUUAUCAAUGAUAUCCUUGUGAUUUUCUUUAGGACAGGACACAUUUUUAAAUUGCAGCAAAUAAAUGUUGCUUUCUAAGAAAGUUUGUCAGUCCAAUUUACAUAUAGCAUGUAUUGCUGUAUUAAAUGUUAAGCUAUGAAGCUAAUUUUAAAUAAGAAGGAAAAUAUUUCAUCAUUGUAUAAGUGUUCAUUGAUGUUCUUCAAUAUACAUUGUGUACUCAUGUGUGACUUUCCAUUAUUUCCUAUACCUUAAUUUUAUUAGUACAAUGCUACAGCUUGCAUGGUCACUUUUUAUAAUUCUCUGAGGCUGUAUUGUUGUAAUAUUCUGUGCAAAUGCAGCAAUUAAAAACUUUUUCUAUGGCAGAAAAAAAUAUUGUUUACCACUUGGUGAAAUAUAUAUAAAUACUGAUACAAUAAUGUUUUUUAAUUAUUUUUUUUAGUUAAAGAAUGUUUAAAUAUGGAUUGUCAUUAAGAUUUGUUUUAACUUCAAGGUAUAUGUAAUUUCUAUUUGCAAUAGUUAUUUAGAUAUUUGAUUUGGAGAAUUAUGACUUAUUUUUGGUAGCUUCUUUAGUAGCAGGUUUUUUUUCUCCCUCGUUAAUUUUAAAUAAACAACUGUUAGUCAAAGUUAUAUUUUUUUGAAUAAGGGAAUGGAGUGUUUUCAGUAAUAAUUUUUUUAUAGUUUUAUUAAAUUAGGUUCCUAUGUAAUAUAAUUUUUUAAUAACUCUAUUUUAUUAAAAAUAUACUCCUCUUUCCCUCUCUUUUUAUUAAAUUGGUACAGGAGUUCACUAAUAACACUUCGUUUAAAUUUUUUCUAUGUAUAGUAAUGAAAAAUAAAUAAAUAAAUUGGACAUGUUUAGUGUUGUGAAAAUAUUUAUAGCUUGUAUAAUUUGGUAAUUUCAAUAAUUCCUAUAGUAUGAUUCAAUAUUUUGAAGGUACUGGAAUAUCUUGUAUAUACAAAGUUAAUAUGUGAUAUAUUUCUGUUAAUAGUAUUAAAUAAUAUAAUUUUCAGUCACUUUAAUGUACGCUACUAAACAAUUAUUUAAUAAUUGCCAUAAUAAUAAUAUUCGACAUAGUUUCAACUCGUUACUUUUUUUUCAGAAAAAAAAUCUCCAGUUGUGGGUUGUAUUUUUUGCCAAUUAUAUGAAAACUAUGAAGGAACUUUAUUGAAGAUAGAUAAGUUCAUUUAAGAUAAUAAGCUUUAUUUAAGAUAGUACAGUUUAAAAGUUGUUACAUCAGGAAAUCUCUAAGAAUUUGAUUUAGCUUUGUGAGCAUUUUUGCUGAAUGUUUCUACAUAAUUUUUAACAGCACAAUACUAUUUUGUCAUGCAUUUAUUUUGUAAAAAGAAUUCUGGUUCAUUGUAUUCAUCUGUCAAGAAUAGGUAAAAAAUUUUUUAUUUGUAUCUCAAACUGAUAUAGUGUUCUUCAAAUUACAUUUCCUGAUGCAAUUCUGAGAUCGAGUUUAAGGAGCUUAAAAAGUAAUACUUUUAUCUCCUUUCCAUAGUUUUCAUACCUUUGACAGAAAGCACAAGACAUGUUCUAUUUUUCUACAUAGAAGUGAAAAACAAGAUUUUUCAAGUAAACUAAUAUGCUGUGUUAUAAUUUGCAUCUUAUUAUAACUGUGUUCAUAAUUUCUAUCUGUUUAAAGUUCACUCUAGUUAGAUUAUUUUUAUAGUUUUCAAAGCGAUUUCCAAUUUCUUGAUUCAAUUGCACUGACAUAAUUCAUAGUUUAUAAUAAUGUCAGUUAAAUAAUGCUAAUUUAUUGAUGUGUUCCUUUGAAAUACUUUUGUAUUAUUUAAAAAAACAAAAACAAAUGAAUAUUCAGUACUUAAAAUUACCAUUAUAAACACUAAUAUCAUUUAGUCUUGUAUUUUUUUAUCUCAUUAUACUCAAAAACAUAUGUAAACGUUCUUGAGCAAACACUGCAGUUUUUAGUUGUGAUUUAUAGAAGAUUUAAAAGAGGAAAUGUAUGAAUAUUAGUUGCUAUCUAAUUUUUUUAAUAUGUAAAUUUUGAAGUAUAAGUCACAUAAGUUUAGUUU